CCGUCGGGCAUCGUUAGCAGGAGGGGGAUUCACCGAAUUAUUUUAUUCGUUGGUCUUCAUCUCUUCUGCAGCGAACCCCAGAAAUUUUCUGGUUUUCUUAGCAAUUCAUCUCGAAAUUCCUAUCAAUCUUUCAAUCAUAAUUAUCAAUUAAUUACAGAGACGUUAAAAAAACAUUGUGAGAAAAAAUGGUUUGCUUUACAAAUCCCCCGGCAUAUUAUGCAGUCGCCAAAGGUCGCAUCCCCGGCAUCUACGACAAUUGGAUUGAUACUAAGCAACAAGUGUUUAAAUUCAGUUAUUGUGAUUUUCGCAAAUUUUUUUGUUGGGACGAUUGCUUCAUGUAUUUGAGGAGAAAAGGACUGACUGAAGGCGAUUUCGAAUUCGUUUGUGGCAGGACUCACAAGGAGAAACAUAAUCCACACCAAAAAUUCUACACUGUGGCUGUGGGCCGACGUCCAGGGAUCUACACCCUCUGGGCCAACUGUCAGCAUGAGAUCUUGGGAUACCCAGGGGCUGAUUGGAAGAUCUUCGAGUGCAAACUCGACGCCAAGAAGUACAUGAAGAGAAGAGGACAUAAGGAAUACUACAAGGAGAAUGCCCGAGUGGAGGUACCCCAUCCCCUGGAGAUUGUCACGUGCAAGAAAGAUAAAGAGGGAAGAGCGAAGGUUUAUGUAGAUGGAUCUGCAACGAAAAACGGACUCCCUGGAGCAACUGCAGGGAUUGGGGUGUGGUGGGGUGUAGAUCAUCCCCUUAAUCUUUCAGCUCCUGUGGAAGGUCACAAGGCGACCAAUAUCGUGGCUGAGAUUCAGGCAGUGACUGCUGCCUGCAGGAUUGCAAUUGAAUUUAAAAUUCAAAAACUUCGAAUUUUCACAAACUCUGAGUAUCUCAUCAAGUGCAUGAAUGAGUGGUGGGAUAAUUGGGUCUCGAAUGGCUUCAUGACUGCCAGUAGGAAGCCUGUGGAGAACAAGGAGAUGCUCCAAGACCUCAAACGAGUCCUGGAGAAGGUCGACGUUAAAUUCAAAUUCGUUUCUGCACACUCCGGGGUAAAAGGAGUUGAAGGAGCUGAUGCCCUCGCUAAAAAUGGCGCAAAGAAGUUCAACGAAGAAUAAUUUUUAAAAAAAGACAAAACUAUUCCAUUUUUAUUUUGUUUUUCCAAAGAUUCUAUUUUUUUUUCGUUCUUUCGUUAUCCAAUGACACUCUGAAAGCCUUGGGAUGGUUUUUCAAAUAUGUAUUAAUUAUUACUAUUAAUUAUAAUUUUUUUAUUUUGAAGAAAGAAAUGAGAAAUUUUUUCUUUUGUUUGACAUUAAGAUAAUUUUUCACUGCUAUGAGCUGUGGAUCAUUUCGACGAUAAGAAAUAAUGCAUGGUGUACUGAGUAAGGCGAGGAAUUACUCUCAGGGAAUGUGAGAUCAACGACCAUGUAUUUUUGAAAAUAAACAUUUCGCAUUUAUUUAUUACUUGUUUAUUCGUUGAUUCAUUGGUUUGAAGCUUCAGAUUUUCCUGGGACGUUUUCUCUCGUCGAGGAGAUGGAGCUGAUGCGUUUCAGGAGACCGUGAAUGUCCUCGGGGGUCAUCCCCAUUUCUAAUAGUUCAUUAAUUAUCC